GGAAUAAGGGUUUCGAGUUAGUGUUUGAGAGGUUUCAAGAGUUUGCAAUGGGGAAAAUGAAGGUAAUUAUCAAGGUUGACAAUGGGUUGUUGAUAAAAAUGGCUCGAUUUUUAUGGAUCUAUAACGAUGAUGAUGGUGGCUCGAUAAUGGUUGUGGCUAGUGGUUCCUAUGUUGGUAUUUUGGAAAAGAAGGAAGGUUUCUCCCAUAAGAUGAAGAAAUUUGAUGCUCUAUCGAUUCAAAGGUCCUAUUUUAAUGCUCGAAUAAAGAG